GCGGGUUCGGUUCGAAUUGUCAGUGUCGCUCGUCCAUUAAACCAAAACAAAGUGCGAGUACGGGAAUCGGGCGUAUAUAAGUAUAACCCUUAACCAUUGAUACCGAAUCUGAUGAAAACAUCUCUUUGCGUAACAAAAAUCAAAGACACAUAUAACGAUGACGGAGCAAACAAGGCUUGCCUAAAAAACUUUCGCAACUCGGUUAUUCGGAAAAGUUGAAGGAGAAGAUUUACCCAGUAAAGUGAUACGAUGACGUAGGGGAAUACGUAAAGCCCGAUUUUGAUUUGCACCUAGUGCAAGUACAGCUGCUCUUAAGCUCAAGUUCACUGCCAAGCAGCCAGAAGAGAAAGAAGAAAGAGAGCGAGCGCAAAAGCUUGAGAUUGAGCUUGGAGCUUUUGCAACGGGCACCUACAAAACCAGAGACGUGGGAAUUAUAAUGAGUAACGAAACUUCAUCCAGCGAGACAACACCGCUCCGGCGGCCGGAGACCCAAUCACCUUAUAACGUGGCCGGAAGCGGGCGACAGACAACGGUUAACACCACCACCCACACCCACAACAACAACUACGGUGAUUCGGUGGAAGUGCGCCUGCAAGAGGGAGACAGAGAUAGCACGCAACAGCAGCAACAACAACAAACUAUUACCAUGGAUACCAACAAACGAAUUUUGUGCCGCGUGGGCUUGGAUAUCUUAAUCUUACUCUGCGUUGGCUUUCCCAUACUGCUGUUUUUCCUGCUGGGCGAUCCCUAUAAGAGGGGUUUCUUCUGCGAUGACGAGACGCUAAAGCAUCCGUUCCACGAUUCUACGGUCCGGAAUUGGAUGUUAUACUUUAUUGGAGUGGUGAUACCAGUUGGCGUGAUAGUCAUCGUGGAGGUGAUAAUUUCACAGAACAAGGCCAAACAGGAUAAUGGCAAUGCCACCAGGCGGCGGUAUGUCCUUAUGAACUACGAUCUGCCCGACUGGCUGAUCGAGUGCUACAAGAAGGUCGGCAUCUAUGCAUUCGGCGCCGUUGUCAGCCAGUUGACCACCGAUAUAGCGAAAUACUCCAUCGGCCGGCUGCGUCCCCAUUUUAUGGCGGUGUGCCAGCCCCAGAUGCCCGACGGCACCACCUGCGACGAUCCCAUCAAUGUGGGGAAGUAUAUCCAGGAGUUCGAGUGCAAGGGAGUCGGCUCGUCGGCGCGCAUGCUCAAAGAGAUGCGCCUCUCCUUCCCCAGCGGCCACUCCAGCUUCACCUUCUUCGCCAUGGUCUAUCUGGCGCUGUACCUGCAGGCACGCAUGACCUGGCGGGGCUCCAAGCUGCUGCGUCACCUUCUCCAGUUCGUGUUCAUCAUGGUGGCCUGGUACACGGCUUUGAGCCGCGUCUCGGACUACAAACACCACUGGUCCGAUGUGCUGGCAGGAUCGCUCAUUGGCUCCACAUGCGCCUUGGUGGUGGCCAAUUUUGUCUCGGACCUAUUUCAAAAGCCCAACACAAAGCCCUAUCUGGCGCGUACAGUGCAAGACAUGAAUGCAUCAUCGCCCCAGGGAAUUACUAUUACUUCAAACUAACCCCCAGGAGAAGUGCACCAUAGUAAUUACAAAUUCCAUGAGUUGUAGCCGAGGCUGGGACCUUCAGCCUGGAAUUCUAUGGGAACUACUUUAUCGGGACAGUGAAGCCAAGCUUUACGAAGCUCCUAUUUAAUUUAUUCCUGUAAUGGCAUUUUAAGAACUCUGUGAGUGUGCAUGAGUGUGUGUGUGCUAGCUAAGAGAACACUUAAGUGUCUUUUUUAAUUUUUAAGCUAGAGCAAUUGAGAGAUAUCUGUAUGAUGGUAAUUACUGUACAAUACUAAACAAUUUUAAACUGACGCAACAAUUUCCACAAAACAAGUGACCUUCACAACAGAGUAGCACAAGAAAUAAAUGGAAGCAAUAAGUAUUAUGUAAACUAAGAUAAGCCUUAGAUACGAAAAUAUAUUUAAAUAACUUAUAAGAUGACCAUUAAAUAUGUUUUAGUUAUAA